AUGUCUCCGUUGCUGUCGCCCCAACCGUUGCUGCCGUUUCAGUUUUCCGACGUCCGUCCGGUGAGAUUUUUCCAUUUUAUCCUUUCUAGUUUUCGGUAUCUUCUCCCACCAGCCGUUGACGCUGGUUAAAUGAUUGGGUUUUGAAUCUAUGGGAUCCUGAGCCUCUCCGUUAAGCGCUGUAACUUCCAUCAUUUACCGAAGCUAACCGAAAUGGCACCCCAAGUUCGUGGACUUAUUCCUAAGGUUGGUAAAUUGUUUGAGCUCAAUUCGUGCGAGGACCAACCCUGUAGAGGUGUCCGAAUUAUCGUUGCCGUGCUGUUUAGGACGAAAAGCAAAACGCCAGGUUUCAGGUGCCAAAAAGAGCUAGUGGCCUCGAUAUAGACUGUCGAGCGAAAAAACUAGAUAAGAGCCAAUUCUCAAAAAUGAUGCGAAACGGGGCGAAGCGCAAAAACUUCUCCAUUCCCGGAUCCAAAGGGCACAAACCUACAACUUCCGAGAUGAUGAAACUCUGA